CGCGCUCUCAGCGCGAAGGUGUGCCCAGCUCGCGACUCUCGCGCUGCGUAUAUAAAGUAGCGGGCUGUCUGUGAAUUCGGAUCCGAUACGACCUGUCUUCUCGCUGAUACCACCACCUCCCGCACCUCCAUUCCCACAUCCGAACCGCUGCAAUGGGUCUCCGCCUUGGUGAUACUGCCCCGGACUUCGAGGCCGAGACGACGAAGGGCGCGAUCAAGUUCCAUGAGUGGAUCGGUGACUCGUGGGCGAUCCUGUUCUCCCACCCUGGUGACUUCACCCCCGUGUGCACCACUGAGCUCGCUGAAGUUGCCCGGAGGGCGCCUGACUUCGCGAAGCGCAACGUGAAGCUCAUUGGUAUCUCCGCCAACGGCCUCGCCGACCACAACAAGUGGAUCGAGGACAUCAACGAGUAUGGCUCCACCGACGUCCAGUACCCCAUCAUCGCGGAUGCCGACCGCAAGAUCUCCACGGUUUACGACAUGCUCGACGCGCAGGAUGCUACCAACCGUGACGCUAAGGGUCUCCCCUUCACCAUCCGCACUGUGUUCAUCAUCGACCCGAAGAAGGUCAUCCGUCUGACUCUCUCCUACCCCGCAUCGACCGGGCGCAACUUUGACGAGAUCCUUCGGGUCGUCGAUUCUCUCCAGAUCGGCGACAAGUACCGCGUGACGACGCCCGUGAACUGGAAGAAGGGCGACGACGUGAUCGUGCACCCGACGGUGUCGAACGAGGAGGCCAAGACGCUCUUCCCCGAGUUCAAGAUUCACAAGCCGUACCUGCGGACCACCCCGCUCAAGGUCGAUUGAGCCUAGGCGUCGGAUGGGCGGACGGAAGCAAAGAAUGUCGUGUAUUAUUGUCGUGCGCGUGUGUAAUGUUGAACUGCUGUAUACCUCUCGACGGGAAGCGAAUGGCCUGCUCGGCCGGAGAAGACAAAUGUGACUGUCCUUUUCCAUGCAGC